GCUGGUCUGAUGCAUCUCCAUUUCUUUCUAUUUUUCACUCGAUGACAAGGAAGAAAGACUGAGACUGGACAGCAUGUUAUCAGAGGACACCCCUGAAGUAACCUCACGGACUCAUGGGACUUAUACUGCUGAGCCUGAUUCUCCGGUACUGGAUCAACACCGUGGAGGGAACAUGUUCAACUGGUAGUGCUGUGACUUGUGAUGAGUGUCUGCAGCUCAGUCCUCACUGUGCCUGGUGCACACAGGAGAAUUUUACAGACUGGUUGUCAGUCUCUGAAAGGUGUGACACAGCAGAUAGCUUGUUAGAAAAAGGAUGUGCCAGGGGCCAUGUUGAGUUCCCCAUUUCUAAAGGCCAUAUUCUCCAGGAUCGUCCACUUGGGAAAAAGACAAGCAACACAAACAACACUCAAAUCUCCCCACAAAAAAUGUCCCUCAAGCUGCGACCUGGUAGUGAGGUGACUUUCCAGGUUAAAGUACAACACACGGAGGAUUAUCCUGUGGACAUUUAUUACCUGAUGGACUUGUCAGCAUCCAUGAUCGAUGAUCUGGAGAUGAUCAAAGACUUGGGCUCCUCUCUGUCUAAAGAGAUGGCCAACCUCACCAGUAAAUUUCGCAUGGGCUUUGGCUCUUUUGUGGAGAAGCCUGUCCUUCCUUUCAUCAAGAUCACAGAGGAACAUCUGAACAACCCCUGCAGCGAUGCAGCCAUAACUUGUCAGCCAACAUUUGGUUAUAAACAUGUCUUGUCUUUGACAAGCAAAACGGACAGGUUCAACAAGAUAAUCACGGAGCAACGUGUAUCCGCAAAUGUGGAUGAGUUGGAGUGUGGCUUUGAUGCUGUCAUGCAAGCAGCUGUUUGUGGGGACAAAAUAGGAUGGAGGAAUGAUUCGAUGCGUCUGCUGGUGUUUGUCAGUGACGGUGACUCACACUUUGGCAUGGAUAGUAAAUUGGCUGGAAUUGUGAUUCCUAAUGACGGGAAGUGUCACCUGGAUGUCAACAAUGAAUACUCCAUGUCCACAGUGCUGGAGUAUCCUACUCUUGGUCAGCUAAUUGACAAAGUAGUAGAGAACAACAUCCUGCUUAUUUUUGCUGUGACGGAAAAGCAAACAAACAUCUAUAAGAACUAUGCAAACCUCAUACCUGGCGCCACAGUUGGAGUCCUGGAAGCAGAUUCACGGAAUAUCCUGGAACUGAUUGUGACAGCUUACAAAGAGCUGCGGUCAGAGAUUGAGCUUGAGGCCCUUGGAGACACAGAAGAGCUACAGAUGUCCUUCACAACCAUUUGUCCUAAUGGGACUGUAUUUCCUGAUUUAAAAUUGUGUUCCAACAUCAAACCAGGAGAGAUGGUAUUGUUUAAUGUGUCCGUGAAGCUUUCGGAAUGCCUGUCAGGACUCCGGCACUUCUCCCUCAAACCAGUGGGCUUACAGGACAGCUUGGAGGUGGAACUGGAGUCUCUUUGCUCAUGUGACUGCCAGCAUCCUCUUACAGCAAACAGCAGCCAGUGCACUGAGGGUCAAGGAGCUUUCCAAUGUGGCGUCUGCGUGUGUCAGCCGGGAUUUCAGGGAGAGCACUGUGAAUGCAAUGAGGAGAGUUCUUUGUUGAGUAACUGCCUUGCAACAAAUGAUUCAGAGAUAUGCAAUGGUCAGGGGCACUGUUAUUGUGGGAAGUGCUCGUGUCAUGCGUCCAGUUUUGGCCGCAUCUAUGGACCUUACUGUGAGUGUGACAAUUACUCAUGUGUUCGCUUCCGUGGGGAGCUCUGCGGAGGUCAUGGAGUGUGUGAUUGUGGCGAGUGUCACUGUGAAAGUGGGUGGACAGGGGAGUACUGCAACUGCAGCACCAGCACUGAUAUGUGCAUGUCAGAGGACGCUGGGCUCUGCAGCGGCAGAGGGAAAUGCAAGUGUGGCCGGUGUGUCUGCACUGUUCCUGGAGCAUCUGGGGAAAAGUGCGAGAAGUGCCCAACAUGUAAAGAUGCCUGCAGCUCUGCAAGGGCCUGUGUGGAGUGCCAUCUUCAAGAUGAAGAUGAUCGUGAGUUGUGUGAUCAGAAGUGCAACAUUGAUAACAUUUCCAUCAAUGUAACAGCAGAUUAUGACAAGAGUCUUUCUAAGUCAUGCACACUAAUGAUGGAAAAUGAGUGCUGGAUGUCUUUUAGUGUGGCCGAAGGUGAGAUGGGAGCCAUUGCCUACAAUCUGCAGAUGUCCGGUUGCCCAGAGCCUCCUAACAUCCCCAUGAUUAUUUUGGGGGUCUCCCUCUCUGUGGUGUGUAUUGGUCUGAUCCUGUUGGCUGUGUGGAAGGUGCUCAUAUCAGUCCAUGACCGCAAAGAGGUGGCCAAGUUUGAGGCUGAAAGGGCAAAGGCAAAAUGGCAGACGGGGACCAACCCUCUUUUUAGAAGCUCAACAUCUACAUUUCAAAAUGUAACCUAUAAGAACACACAGAGAGAAAGGAUUAUUACGAUGAAUCGCUACUGAUGACUAACUGGAGGCAAUUGCAAAUCAUCAACUGAGUGCACUUGAGUUUGUGUGUGUUGUGUGUGUGUGUGUGUGUGUGUGUGUGUACAAGACAGAGAGAAUGUUGAUAUUAAAACUGUUUGUGUGAAUCUCUGUGUUAACGCUGAGAUAUUUUAACACAGUAGAAAACGCUGUGAAGAGACAAGACAUGAUGAGUUUACUGCUGUAAAAGUGCACUGCCAAUGUUGUACUAUAAGACACUGAACACCAUUCAAGUGCUUGUGUAUUGUGACCUGCAGCUUGGAAAAGAGACUACAUUACAAGUGAUCAACUACUGAGCUUUGGUUUGUUCAAAUGUAUGUAAAUAUACAAGUGUAUGAUUUUUUUUAAUGCUGUGUUUGUUUUAUUGUAAAGCAAGGCUGAGCCUUUAAUGUUAAUAACUUGUUCUGUUGAAUUUUUUUAUUAUUUGACACAAAAAUUAGGAAAAUUUUAAUCUAUUUACUGAUUUUUUUUUUUUUUUUUAGCAUUCAGUUUUAAACAUUAGUAUUCAACAAAAGGAUACAUGUUUAUAGAAUAUACAGAUAAAAGCAUUCUGGACUAUUCUACAGUCAACAUUAUUACUUGGUGACAGGUAAGGGUGUCACAGUUGGUUAUAAAAGGAGCAUCAAGCAAAAGGCUUUUUUUUUCCAAAUGAGGAUGGGUUGUUGUUUGCUAUUUUAUGCAAAACCCCAUUAGAUAAUCAUCAACUAGUUAAAAAUAAAUAACGCUUUAGGGGCCUGAUACAUACACUUAACUGACAAUCAGCUGUCAGACACACCUAGAGCAUUAAUGAACACUGGUCUCAUCCUUGUGUUUUACUUUGACUUUCCACCUGUUAGUGAUAGUGCUCAGUCUAAUGGGUUGUUCAGACUAGUGCAUGAGAAGGUUAACAUAGCAGUGAUGACAGAAAGCUCACAUCUUAACAUGUCAUACACAAUCUCUUCUGUCAUCUUCAUAUUCCCAAAACAAACUAACCUUUUCACAGCAAUGACGGUAAAGAAACUUAAAAAAAAAAAAGAUUAUCAUUACACAAGGGAUCAGCUCUGGAUGAGAUUAUUAUUAUUAUUAUUGCAGUCUUUGUUUUCCCUUUCUGAAUGAUGUGUUCUACUGCCCCCUCCUGCACUGCUGAGCUAUGUCUUGUGCAGAUAUAGACUAUAUGUCCUGGGUGACAGAUGAAAAUCGUCUUUGUGGUGUGUUCAAGUGCUAUUUUGUGUGUUCACCCACACUGGUGAGGCAUUGAGACCCAGCAGAAAGUUUCUCUUCAAGGAUGGUUUCUCAUGUGUACAAGAGCUCUUUAAGAGCUCUAAAAUUCCACUUUUUAUUAUCAUCACUUUGAAUAAGAGUAGGGAUAUCACUGCUCUUGUUCUCUUUGUGAAAUACAGAAUAAAUAUGAAAUAUUU